AUCUCACACUUCUUUCUCCUCAGCUUCCUGGAGUCCUCCCCCUCCUCCUCUUCCUCCUCCUCCUCUUCCUCUCUCACUGAUGAAGCUCGGUCUCCGGCCUCCUUCCUCCACUCCUCCCCCCUCAGUCCCUCCUUCCCUCUGGACACCACGCUCACUCCUUCACACCCGGCUUUCCUCCUCCCCAGCCCGGCCUCCUCCUCCUCCUCCUCCUCCUACAGCCUCCUCUGCGGAGCGCCGGAACCCGACUCCCCGACGGGAUCUACUUCCAGCGGCGGAAGCGUCGGAGGCAGCGCUGUUGUGUCAGAGGCUUCGCUGCGAUUUACAGUGUCGCACACCGACUCGUUUUCAGCACAGGUGGACUCCAUCCUGAGGGGGGACUACCUGACACCGAUAGGUGCUGUGGGGCCCAAGAGGCUGUGUCUGGUGUGUGGAGACUUUGCCUCUGGUUUUCACUACGGUGUGGCGUCCUGCGAGGCCUGCAAGGCUUUCUUCAAGAGGACCAUACAAGGCAACAUCGAGUACAGCUGUCCUGUGAUGAACGAGUGUGAGAUCACCAAGCGGAGGAGGAAAGCCUGUCAGGCCUGCCGCUUCCAGAAGUGUCUCCAGGCUGGGAUGAUGAGGGAGGGUGUUCGUAUGGACCGGGUCAGAGGAGGACGGCAGAAGUACAAGAGGCGAGUGGAGACUGGACUGAAUUUAUACACCAAAGGGCCGUACAGUCACCCCGUCAGCAACCGAAACAAGGUGAUUUCCCAUUUGCUGCUGACAGAACCCACCCCCCUGGCUGCCAAUCAGGACGAUUCGACCAAUGACAGCAGCCUGCGGACCCUGCUGACCCUCUGUGACCUCCUGAACCGGGAGCUGCUGGUUCUGAUUGGCUGGGCCAAACAGAUCCCAGGUUUUUCCGGGCUCUCAUUGGUUGAUCAGAUGUCACUGCUGCAGAGUGGUUGGAUGGAGGCGCUGUUGGUAGGUGUGGCCUGGCGCUCGCAGGGCGUGGCAGGGGAAGAGCUUGUGUUCGCUGGGAACCUGCGGCUGGACGAGGGCCAGUGUCGAGCUGCGGGAUUGGCUGACCUGUACGAGGCAUUGCGUCACCUGACGGCUAAAUACCAGGUGAUGAACCUGAGCCCCGAGGAGGUGGUGACGCUGAAGGCCAUGGCUCUCGCCAACUCUGACGCAGACCCGGUGGACUGUCUGGAAUCGGUGCAGAGGUUUCAGGAUGGGCUCCACGAGGCCCUGCAGGAGUACGAGUCGUCCCGCAGGGAGCAGCACCGGACAGGCCGGUUGUUGAUGAGCCUCCCCCUGCUGCGACAGGCUGCCGACCGAGCCGUGAAGGCCCUGCUGCGCCUGCACCGCCACCGCCACGUCCCCCUCCACAAACUGCUGCUGGAGAUGCUAGACGCCAAAGCCUGAACGUUUCCUGCCUGUCCUCACUCUGAGACCAAAUCCAGCUCCAGGUCUGCUCAGGUCCAUCAACGUUGGACUGAAGACUUUUGUCAGACUGAUGCAGAAGCAGUUAGGAACCAGACCUGCAGCUCCACCUCAUGUUACAGGUAGAUGAAGGACUAGGUAGUAAGUUAGUUAGCUGGACUUGCUGACUUACAUUAGACCACAGUUUCAUUACACUUUAGCUCAUAUUUUUGGUUUGGGAAAAUAAAGAUGCCACCUUCAGGGACCAGACACGGUUCUUUACUGCUGAUCAGGGGUCAGUGAUUUGAAGUGUUUUACUGUCAUGACAAAUGUGACCAGAGAAAACUCACAAGCAACCAGAGACAGAACACACUGCUCCACAUCUGUUCACAGCUGGAACCAGACCUUCACCAUCAUCAUCAUCUACACAAUUUGUCAUGUCAUAAAAUUCACAUUUGUGAUCUAUUUUUGUAAAAGAAAACAGAUAUUUUUGUGUGGAUCAUGUUGUGUUUACCUUAAAGGUGACAAAGACAUUUUCUAUCAGUAUUGAUUUUUUAUCGGCUGCUGAUUAGUUUCAUUCAGUGAGCUGAAGAUGUUUUGCUGUUAACUAGUUUACAGAGUGAAAUAAAUGCUUUUGGAGUAAAA